GCGUGUCUCUGAGCAACAUUUGAUGAGUCAAAGAUUCAAAGACUCAUUCAUAAAGACAAUUUCUUUCACCACCUACCGUCGCAAUGAUGUCUCUUGCAAAACGAGUCAUUGAAUAGUUCCACCAGUCCAUUUGGACUGUGAACAGUGUUUCAUUUAGUUUAAUAUUGCUUAAAUCUAAAUCAGAGUUUCUGAUCAAAAUCCGAUCACAGAGCACUUUGGUUUAAAUUCACAAAAGUAAAGUUCUUCACUUAUCUGAACAACUUUUCAGUAUCGAAGGGAUGUUGAAUUGACCUUGUGGCAGCUCAGCACUCUGUGAGUAGUGGGAGGGGAGAUGGAAGAGAGGAACAUCUGCGAGUACAACAGAAAGAGAGUAAGAGAGAGAGAGAGAGAGAGAGAGAGAAGGAGCGAGAGCGUGGCACCACUUUACCGAGAAGAGUAAAUAAUAAAGAGUUGUAGCUGGGACUGUCCAACUACUUGGACACAGAGAAGCACAGCAAACACCGGGCACCAUCUACAACAAUGAAUGACAUCAAACUAGCUCUGCUGGGCAGUGAGGGAGCAGGCAAAUCUGCGGUUUUGGUGAGAUUCUUGACCAAGCGAUUCAUAGGAGAAUAUGCGUCAAAUACCAACUCCUUAUACCAUAAAAGGCUCUCCAUUGAUGGAAGACAGUUGAACUUGGAAGUCUUUGAUCCGUGCUCACAGAGUGGAGAAAGCAGAUGUAUCCUAGAGGAACCACAGGACUGGGCUGAUGGCUUUGUGGUGGUAUACACCAUCAGUGACCGUACGUCCUUCCUAAAUGCCAAAAACAUCCUGGCGCAGAUCAAAGAGAGUCGUCGAGAGACCUGUAAAGGGGAGGCUCCCAUCUGCCUGGUGGGUAACAAGCAGGACUUAUGUCACAGCCGCCAAGUGAGUGAAGAGGAGGGCCGCUCUCUUGCCCAGGAGAACAAAUGCCUCUUCCAGGAGGUUUCAGCGGCUGAGAACUACCUGGAGAUCUCCAACCUCUUCACAAAGCUCAUCCGCCAUGUGAUGGAACAGUUUAAGCAUAGAGGCGACCGCAGGCGGUACAGUGGCUCCAAAUCCAUGGCCAAGCUCAUUAACAAUGUCUUUGGCAAGAGGAGACAGUCUGUUUGAGUGCAGCACAUGAAAAGCCUAGAAAAGAGCAAUGAGUCAGUCUCCAUUGAAUCAGUAAUGGAGAUUUCACCCUGUUAAACCUGAUGUUCUUGGAAAUGUUUUAUGUGUACGAAUAGAAGUAUGCUUUGAUACAUGGAGCAAAUUCAAAUUCAAACGACUAUGAGAAAUCCCACACAGCCGAGAACAUCAUAUAUAGCAGUGGUUCUCAAACUUUUUGACUGCUGACACAGUAUCCCAAUGACACAUACUUCGCACUACCAUCUUUGCAUUUAUUUGCAUUAUAAAUAAUUUUAGUUCAAGAGUUACCUUUAUGGAAUGUGUUUUCUUUAGAAAGCAAAAUCUUUGCCUUAUGUUUCUUUAUUAUUUCAUAAUUUUUCUUUUAUCUCACCCAAAGCAACUUUUGUCUUAAAAUUCAUUUUUUGUUGACGUGUAUACAGCUCAUGAUAAUAUUUUCAAUAUCUCUGAGAAGAAUGGGUAAAGUUUGCAAAUUGGUGAAGCUUUUACUUUUCUUUUGAAAGAGUAGCACACAUUAUUUCACUUGCUCUCUGAAAAUGUUUUAAUGGUAUGAGACUGAGUUUGCGUCAAGGAAUGCACAACAAAGUUGAGGUGUAUUUCAUAUAUCAAGAUGCUGUGAUGAGGUGUAAAAUGCAGAUAAAUUACCUUUCUAACAAAAACCCAUGGCAGAGAGAAGAAAAUAAAACUCUCCUGCAUUCCUUCUUUAGCAUUCUCAGGGCCUCUUUUGAAUAAAAACAGCCUUUCCCCAUGCAAUGUAGAGUUGCAGGAAGAGGUUUGUGGACCCUUGGGAAUGACCCGUGUAAAAACACAUUCUGGUUUAUGUUAAUCACAAAAACAAGGUAAAACAAACUAACAAAGAAUGUUCCCAGAACUUUGGUUAAUGUUUCUCUCAAAAAAGAGUUCUUCCAGCAAUGGUAACAGAAUGUUCGUUCAGAGUUAUCUGGUCUUUACUAAUGUUCUCAGAAUUAUUUUUAUUUAUACAUCAUUCAUGGAAUGUUUUAUUUCUGAAACGUUUUAGUUGGACAUUCAUCUAACAUUUUUAAAAUGUUGCUACUUGUUUCAGCAUAUUCAGAGAACAUUCACAAAUAAUGUUCUCAUAAUGUUUGGAAAACUAUAAAAUGGACUGAUCCCUUGCUGUUCAAAUAACAAAAAUAUUUUUUGAUAGCUGGGAUCGUGCAGAUCACUUUGUUUAAAAGUUAGCAGUCUAGAUUGGGAAAAGUACUGUAUGUGAACUGUUAAAUCACUUAUACCCCAUCAUGUUUUCAUGUCUCUUGAGUCAAGAGAAAUGGUGGAUGAGUGGAUACAGUAUGUCACUGUGGCACUGUAUUUUUACAGCUACUGUGAAGAUGCAUGCUAAACAACACAAAUCAUAUUAGAAGGGCAUUGGUCCUGGAAUAUAAUACAGUGCUGUUGUUGAUAAAUACCGGUGACAUUUAUGUGUGAGCCAGUUUACAAUCAUUGCCCCAAUGUUUAGUGGCUCAAGGCCCUUGCAAGUGCUUGAAUUUGUGUUUAUGAUACACUGCUUCACAAUGGAGGGAAAUGGGGAGUGUAAUGAGACACAGCACCAGAAGGCAUGAAAGACUUCCAAAAAAAAAAGAAAAUUCAAAGAAUCUCAGCAAUAUUAAUAAAUUGAGAGUUGUCGAUGGAGAAAACAAAGGUAAAGUUCUUUUGUGCAAGGCUGCUUAUCAGAUGAAGGAUGUAUUAAACAGAAUUUACUGCUGCUGCUAAAGUUACAAAAUACAAUACUGAUUCUACUUUUCAGUUUAUUGUUUAGGCACCAGUAAUGUCAUGCAUAGUUCAGUAGUUUGUGAGAUUAGCUUAAGCAGGUUAUGUUUGUCUGUUUUUGCAAAUUGUUUGAAGAGCAGCUUCAUAAUGCAGAAUUCCACUUCAUAAUGUAGAGAACUUUUCUUACUAUUGUAGUUAAGGUGGAAUGUGUACCUUGAUUUUUUAAAAAUGUAUUAUCAUGUUCACUAACCUAAUAACCUACAAAUAAAAUGUUUUUUUUUUUUAUUUAUUUUUUUUAACUAUUGCUAUAUUUCUUUUAUAAUGAAUAAAGAUAUGUUUGCUUCUUAGAUGGACAUUCUAUCAUAACCGGAUAUGUUUACAA